CUGGAGGCUUCGCGGGAAUAGACGUCCGGUGGCCGGGGGAACUAAACACCCACUGCCGCAGGAAAGCGUUCGUUGAGCCGCAGCUCAAGGAACCGGAGAGCGGAGCUUUCCCCGGAGCGAAGACCCGUCCUGUCGGUUACACCGCCGGGAGGACCGCGUGAAGUCCAGCCAGCGGCUCGUCACCCUGCCCGGGAUGUUGGGCUCCGUGUAGCCGCUCCACCUGGACCAGCCCGGUGCCUGAGCCCGGACACUUCGCUCCCUCUGCCGACCGAGGAGCAGCAGCAGCCGCGGACACGUCUCUGAUUCCCCGUCCCGCUCGCUCGGUUCCUCCUCUGACACCGGGAGGCUGUUCGGAGCAGAGAGGCGGGGCCGAACCGGUGGACUCCCCCAGAAUGGAUCACUGAGCUCGGGCUCACCCACAGCGACGCAGCGCUUUUUCUUAUGGGGGGCGGGGGGUCGACGACAGGAGGCAACGACCGGGAUUUAGACACGUCUGUGUGGAAGUGCUGACCGACUCGCUGCCCGGAGCCGCCGGUGCUGCCUGCCCGUCUGCCCGUGGCCUCCGCCGGGCUGCAUUUAUCUGGAGAUUAGCAGAAUCCUCCGUGUGGGACGCACAGAUUUGGGGAGCGGGGAGCGAUCCUCCCCAGCCCGGGUCGGACUAUGGCGGACGACGACAUUCUGUUUGAAGAUGUGUACGAGCUGUGCGAGGUCAUCGGCAAGGGGCCCUUCAGCGUGGUGAGGAGAUGCAUCAACCGGGAGACGGGGCAGCAGUUCGCUGUCAAGAUCGUGGACGUGGCCGAGUUCACCUCCAGCCCAGGACUCAGCACCGAGGAUCUGAAGAGGGAGGCGAGUAUCUGUCACAUGCUGAAACACCCCCACAUCGUGGAGCUGCUGGAGACGUACAGCUCAGAUGGGAUGCUCUACAUGGUGUUUGAGUAUAUGGACGGAGCCGACCUGUGCUUUGAGAUCGUGAAGCGGGCCGACGCUGGGUUCGUGUACAGUGAAGCCGUGGCCAGUCACUACAUGAGACAGAUCCUGGAGGCGCUGCGCUACUGCCACGACAACAACGUCAUCCACCGAGACGUCAAGCCUCACUGUGUGCUGCUGGCGUCCAAAGAGAACUCGGCUCCGGUGAAGCUCGGUGGGUUCGGAGUCGCCAUCCAGCUGGGAGAGUCGGGGCUGGUGGCCGGAGGUCGGGUGGGCACGCCUCACUUCAUGGCCCCCGAGGUGGUGAAGAGGGAGCCGUACGGGAAACCUGUGGACGUGUGGGGCUGUGGAGUCAUCCUCUUCAUCCUCCUGUCCGGCUGCCUGCCCUUCUACGGCACCAAGGAGCGGCUGUUCGAAGCCAUUUGUCGAGGCAAACACAAGAUGAAUCCUCGUCAGUGGAUCCAAAUCUCAGAGAGCGCCAAGGAUCUGGUGAGACGCAUGCUGAUGCUGGACCCGGCCGAGAGGAUCACGGUCUACGAGGCCCUGAACCACCCCUGGCUCAAGGAGCGGGACCGGUACGCCUACAAAAUCCACAUGAUAGAAACCGUGGAGCAGCUGAGGAAGUUCAAUGCCCGCAGGAAGCUAAAGGGGGCGGUGCUCGCCGCUGUGUCCAGUCACAAGUUUAACUCCUUCUAUGGAGACCCCCCAGAGGAACUCCAUGAUUUCUCCAGUGACCCCACCUCCUCAGGACUACUAGCAGCAGAAAGGGCUGUGUCUCAGGUGCUGGACAGUUUAGAGGAGAUCCACGGUCUGACCGACUGCAGUGAAAAGGAUCUGGAUUUCCUCCACAGUGUUUUUCAGGACCAGCAUCUCCACACUCUGCUCGAUCUCUACGAUAAAAUCAACACCAGGUCGUCUCCGCAGAUCAGGAACCCUGCGAGUGACGGUGUGCAGCGAGCCAAAGAGAGUUCACCCCAAGACGAAGCAAGUGGCGCUUUGAAACAUCUGGAAUAUGUCCUGGAGGAAAUCUCCUGCUACUCCGAGAACCACGAAGCUAAAGAACUCAGACGGAUACUGACGCAGCCGCACUUCAUGGCGCUGCUGCAGGCCCACGACGUGGUGGCCCACGAGGUCUACAGUGACGACGCUCUGAGGGUGACCCCCCCGCCCACCUCGCCCUACCUGAACGGAGAGUCGCCCGAGAGCACCAACGGAGACAUGGACCUGGAGAACGUCACCCGAGUCCGUCUGGUGCAGUUCCAGAAGAACACGGACGAGCCAAUGGGAAUCACGCUGAAGAUGAACGACUCCAACCACUGCAUCGUGGCCAGGAUCAUGCACGGGGGGAUGAUCCACAGACAAGGAACACUGCACAUAGGAGACGAGAUCAGGGAGAUCAACAGCAUCAGUGUGGCCAACCAGACUGUGGAGCAGCUGCAGAGGAUGCUGAGGGAGAUGCGAGGCAGCAUCACCUUUAAGAUUGUGCCAAGUUACCGGACGCAGGGAUCCUCGUGUGAGAAAGAGUCCCCCACCACCUCCAGGCUGUCCCCUGCCAAUGGCCACUCCAGCGUUAACAGUUCUAUCUUGGACCUGCCGUCCACCAUCCAGCCCAAAGGUCGACAGAUUGUGUCCAGACCUCCAAUCAAGGACAAAAUGUCUGUGAAGAUCUACGUCAGGGCCCAGUUCGAGUACGACCCCUCCAAAGACGAACUCAUCCCCUGCAAGGAGGCCGGCAUCCGCUUCCAGGUGGGAGACGUCCUCCAGAUCAUCUCCAAGGACGACCACAACUGGUGGCAGGGCAAACUGGAGAACAUGAAGAACAGCACGGCCGGACUCAUCCCCUCCCCCGAGCUGCAGGAGUGGCGAGUGGCGUGCAUUGCCAUGGAGAAGACCAAGCAGGAGCAGCAGGCCAGUUGUACCUGGUUCGGCAAAAAGAAGAAACAGUACAAAGACAAGUAUUUGGCAAAGCACAACGCAGUGUUCGAUCAACUAGACCUGGUCACGUACGAGGAGGUGGUGAAGCUGCCGGCCUUCAAGAGGAAAACACUGGUUCUGCUGGGGGCGCACGGCGUCGGCAGGAGACACAUCAAGAACACGCUCAUCACCAAACACCCCGACCGGUUCGCGUACCCCAUCCCACACACGACCCGACCUCCCAAGAAGGACGAGGACGACGGGAAGAACUACUUCUUUGUGUCCCACGACCAGAUGAUGCAGGACAUCAGCAACAACGAGUACCUGGAGUACGGCAGCCACGAGGACGCCAUGUACGGGACACGGCUGGAGACCAUCCGGAAGAUCCACCAGCAGGGACACGUCGCCAUCCUGGACGUGGAACCUCAGGCCCUGAAGGUCCUGCGAACAGCAGAGUUCGCCCCGUACGUCGUCUUCAUCGCUGCACCAACAAUCACACCAGGAAUCAAUGAGGACGAGUCUCUGCAGCGGCUGCAGAAGGAGUCUGAGAUCCUUCAGAAGACGUACGCGCAUUACUUCGACCAGACCAUCAUCAACAACGAGAUCGAUGAGACCAUCGGGCACCUGGAGGACGCCAUCGACUUGGUGUGCACCACCAGCCAGUGGGUCCCUGUGUCCUGGGUCUACUGACCUCCUCCUCCUCCUCCUCCUCCUCCUCCUCCUCCUCCUCCUCCUCUUUCAUCUCCCUGCAGCAGCAUCACAGAAACACUCCCAUCAUCUCCUCUUCCAGCUCAGAAUAACGUCAGACUAAUCAAAGCGAUGGGAAACCUUCCUCCACACUGCACUCGAUCGGAGAAGCACCCUCAGCGUGAUUGUGAAAGUGACCCCGGCGCCCGGCGGGAGCCUCGGCGGCGCCGGCCUCUCACGGACGACCUCGUCAUCGUGUUGUAAAAACCAGAGUAAACUCAAGUGAAUAUUGUCGUGUCUGUUCUAGCUAGGAGGCGGCAUUUCUGUAGAGGUUUGUUUUAAAGAGACAGUACCAUUUCCAGUCAUCAGCCCCCCCCCCCGUCUGUGGAGUGACAGUGUCAGUUCCCCCCCCC